AUUUCACAUAUGAGUUGGUACAAGUUUUGAAAAUAAGUGAUAUAUUCGCAUUUUAAGUGGAAACCAUGACGUUAUCAUUGUAGAGAAACAAGUGUGGUGGUGACCAUGAGUAUAAGGUCACAGAUUGGAGCAGAUUGUAUCAUGAAUUAGUGUAGAUAUUUGCCAAUCACCUCAUCAAGCUCAAAAUGUCUUCAGAUGAGAAUUUCUCAGAGAGGCAAGAAGAGGAAGUGCAAGUGCUGCAAGCCAUAUUUAUGGAUGAUGUGAAAGACUUGCGAGCCGAAGAUGCAUGGAAAAUAAGACGGCCUCCAGAGAUAAAGAUGACAUUAGUGCCACAACAGAGUAUGCAUGGUGAAGCUGAGGUGUAUGCUCAAAUAGAUCUCAUCAUUAAAUGUCCAGCUAGAUAUCCAAAUGAAGUUCCAAGUAUUACUCUAGAAAAUCAGAAGGGUCUAUCUUCCCAACUUGUUCAAGAAUUGCAGGACACUUUGACUAAGAAAGCAGAAGAACUGAAAGGUGAAGUGAUGAUCUUAGAGCUUGCUAAUGAGGUUCAGCAGUUCCUACACACAUACAACAAGCCCCCAGCCGCCUCCUUCUAUGAACAGAUGCUGCACAACCAAAGACUUAAAGAACAACAGGCAGCUGUAGAGCAGCAGCGUCAACAAGAUCUACUGAAUAAGAAGGAACAGAGGGAGAGAAAACACCUGGAAGAGGAGAUCGAGAGACACCAGAAGGCUCUGAGAGAGGAGACCAGGAGACAGCGUGAGGAGGCUAAACAUGACAACAUUGAGACUCAAGAUGAUCAAAUACAGAAAGUCAAGGAUGCUGAGGCCAGAUCAAGUUUGUCUCCUAUUAUGAAGAGGAAUAGGACUCGUAGUGAAACAAAUAGCAACCAAAGAUAUAAUAGUUCAAGUAGGACUCGUGGUGACUCUAAUGGGUCUGAUGGUAUGGACAGUGACCCACACCUUGGUACUGCAGUACUGGCAUUCAACACUAACAAAAAAGAGAGAACCAUCCACAGAGGAAGAUGUUUAGGGCAGAGUAGACGUGGCAGUUGUGUGUAUGCAGGUAUGGAUACACAAACAGGGGAUUUAGUGGCCAUUGCUGAGUGGGUGUUCCGGUGGAGGAGAACAGGAAAGAAAUUAACAUCAGAACAGAAGGAAGAUCUUGAGUCUGAGGCAGCAAAAUAUUUGAAACAGGUGCGUGGCAUAGAAGCAGAACUGAUGACAUUGUCUAAACUAGAGCAUCGUCAUAUAGUCCACUACGCAGGCCUGAAGUACGAACACCAGGGAGGAAGGAUUGUCGUGAACAUUCUCAUGGACUAUGUUGGUGGAGGUAGCUUAGAGACUCACCUACAACACAACAUGCCACUUUCUGUUGACCUGCUGAGGCAUUACACCAUUGAAAUCCUAGAUGCACUGGUCUUCCUCCAUGAUAAGGCUGUGGUUCAUAAAGACCUUAGGGCUUCCAGCAUUCUUCUUGACAAUAAAAGCCGUGUAAGACUUACUGACUUCAGCAUUGAUAAAAGGUUGUAUGAACUUUGCCAGUCAGUUGAAAGUGAGCGACCGGGUGUCAAGUUCCAAGAGCUCCGACCACACAUCAGCGGGAGAGGUGGCAAGAAAAGUGACAUUUACAAACUGGGCAUUGUGUUGCUGUCUCUUGUAGAAGGUAGACACGUCUUAGAACAGUUGCCUGAGGUUCCCACACACCUUCCUAUAGAACUACAGGAUUUCCUUACCAAGUGUCUUAUAAAUGAUGAGAAGCACAGGUCUUCUGCCCAUGACCUCCAAGAACAUGUGUUUGUCAAGUCCCCUCUCCCCCUCAAUCUGCAAUCACAUGGCACUCGGCAGUCACCUGAGAGAGACGAUGCGAAAGCUUGUCAUGAGGAUGAGGAGGAAGAGAUGCCAAUCAUAUUACAUCAUCAACUGACUGGACACUCCAGAUUGGAGAGCGAGUUCACUGUGCUUAAGUUCCUUGGGAAAGGUGGCUUUGGAGAUGUCAUCAAGGUAAAGAACAAACUAGAUGAUAGAUCCUAUGCCAUCAAGAGGAUUCCACUUAACCCAAAGAGUAAGAUAUUCACACGCAAGAUCACACGAGAAGUGAAACUUCUGUCUAGACUCAACCAUGAGAAUGUUGUCAGGUAUUACAACUCUUGGAUUGAGACUUCAGAUGAGCCUGCCUUCAGUGAGAGUUCAUCCUCUGGUAGUUCACCAACUAAGACUCCUACAGAUAGCAGUAAACAUGAGGCCAUUAGUAAUAAGAUGUCAUCUGUAAGAAACAGUCUAGGACUGAAGGAUGACUUUGCCAACCUCCCUCCAGCAGCUGAGUCUGUAGAUUGGAGUACCUCUGACAUAGGGAAUGUUCCAGAUGAUGAGAGCUCUUCAAGUGAGGAGGAAGACAUAGCAGAUGUAUUUGGUCACUCCUCAUUGUUCCAUGAUGAGGACUCAGAUUCUGAUGGAGGAAUUGUAUUUGAACAUAACUCAGCAUGGAAUAUUGACACUGAGGAGUCUAAAGAUGCCAAACUAACUGAAGAAAGUAGUACAGAUACAUCCGAGACAGUACCUAAGCUACAAUACUUGUACAUACAGAUGGAAUACUGUGAGAAGAGUACCCUGAGAAACUGUAUAGAUGCAGGCCUAUACGAGGACAUGAAUCGGGUAUGGAGGCUCUUCAGAGAGAUCAUAGAGGGACUUGUACAUAUACACCAACAGGGCAUGAUACAUAGAGACCUGAAACCUGUCAAUAUAUUCUUGGAUAGCAAUGAUCAGGUGAAAAUAGGAGACUUUGGGCUGGCCACCACUGAUAUUAUCUCCAAGCAACAAGGCAGUAUAAUGGAAACUAACAUGCAAAACAUUACUGGAGACAGCCAGGGCAGUGCAUCAGGAUCCUUAGGACAAGGCAGUUUAUUGGGAGAAGGCAGUCUGACAGGCAAAGUUGGAACAGCCCUGUAUGUCAGUCCAGAGAUGAUGCUAGCCAAGGCGCAGUACAGUCAAAAGGUUGAUAUCUAUAGCCUGGGGGUGAUGUUCUUUGAAAUGUGCUACCAUCCCCUACCCACAGGCAUGGAGAGAAUACAGGUACUGACCAACAUUCGAAGGAAAACCAUAGACUUUCCUGAUGACUUUGAUGAGUUCAAGCUAUCCAAUCAGGCCAAGAUUAUCAAAACUCUACUUAACCAUGACCAUAUGCUUCGUCCAAGUGCCCAAGAUCUCCUACAGAGUGAAUACCUCCCUCCUCCGCAACGAGAAGAAGCAGAGCUUAACGAAGUUCUCCGAUCGACAAUCUCAAACCCUCAAAGUAGAAUCUAUAAACACAUGCUCACUGCCUUAUUUGAUCAGCCAGUCAGUGCUGCCGUGGACUUCACUUAUGAUAAUGAUAUACAUAAAGGCCAUUUCUCCACUUGGAGUGCAUUGUUGUAUAGCCACGUGCAGGGAAUGCUAGAGAGGGUGUUCCAAAAACAUGGUGCUGUGCAGGUUGUUACACCACUAUUGAUGCCUAAGUGUGAUGUAUAUAAGCAUAUUGAGCAAUAUGUGUGUUUAAUGGACCGUAGUGGCGGAAUGGUAGGCUUGCCAUUUGAUCUCAGAGUAUCGUUUGCCCGUUAUGUUGCCAGAAACAACAUAACAAAUCUCAAGCGGUAUCAUAUAGGAAGAGUAUUUCGUGAGAAGAAGCUGUUUGGUCUACACCCCAAGGAACUAAUAGAGUGUACUUAUGAUAUUGUAUCUCCUAAUAAUGCCAGUCUGUUACCAGAUUCAGAGAUUCUCCAUGUAGUUAGUGAAAUAAUAGCUGAGGUACCAAGUCUAAGCCAACGUAAUUUUACCCUCAGGUUGAACCAUAUAUCUCUCCUGAGGGGGGUGCUACUACACUGUGGGGUGGGGGAGACCCUACACAAGGACGUCAAAAUAAUACUCAACUCAUCUAAAGCUGACAAACAAAAGAAACAACAAAUCCAAAAUCGUCUCCAGAGUCUCGGCCUCACUGAACAAACAAUCACCCAGUUAUACCACUUUAUAGAAAUGGAAGGCACUUUCUCCAAAAUUUCUAGUAUUUUACGCUGUAUUACAAAAACUAAAGGUUUAGCUGGGUCAUAUGCUAAGAAGGGUCUACAUGAGCUGGAGGCAAUCUUAUCACAUGUAGAGACGUUAGGUGUAAAGCUGCCAGUAGUACUGAGCUUAGGGUUGGUGUAUAACGUGCAUUAUUACUCAGGGCUUGUGUUUGAGGUGUCAGCACAGGUCGUCAGGAAGAAGAGACACGUGGUUCUAGAUGUUUUGGCAGCUGGGGGUAGAUAUGAUGAUCUUAUAAAAAAUUGUGGCAUAGGUACAAGUGACACUCACCAGGGGGCAGUAGGAGUCAGUCUUGGGAUGGAAAAAAUUGUGGCAGCUGUGGGCGAACAGGAUGAAAGCAAGGCACUGGGGGCGUAUGAUAUCUUAGUGUGCACGCUAGGACACAAAUCUAUGAUCAAGGAAAAGUUGUCUGUAGUGCGUGACCUCUGGGCUGCUGGCCUGAAAGCAAACAUUCUCUUGGAUACUUCUUUAAGUCUUGAAGAGAUCCUGGAGAAUUGUCGUCAAAGUCAUGUGUCACAUAUUGUCAUCAUGAAAGAUACAGCAGAGGGCAGCACUAUUAAGGUUAAAUCUCUUGAGAAAGAUCGGGUCACAGAGAAGAAGAUGGCAAUAAAUGAACUCACUGAAUACCUUCAGCAGAAGAUUCAACAAAGUGACCAAAGAGUUACUAGUGAGAAGCAGGAGUCCAGUAAGCCAGUGAGUCAACCUAGUCAGGUGUUAACAGAUACACUCAGUGGCGGUAGCAGUAACACUCACAAUCAGUCCAUAUACAAUAUUACAUUCAUCACGUUGGAAAAUAUGAAACUAGCUGGCAAUGCAAAAAGAAAGUAUGAGUCCCAGAUGUAUGCCAAGCUGCUGCCCUUCAUGCAGAACCUCACUAGCAAGUGUCGCAUAGAAAUCGUCAUGGUUGACCUGCCCUUUGGUGUACUUAAAACUAUUGCAGGCAAUUUAGAACUUGAUGCAGACAAAGAAAUGUUUGAUAAGAGCAUUGGACCCAUUGUUGAAAAGCACCAAAGAUAUCGGAAAUAUUUCACCAAAAUCUUUGACCACAUCUUCACGCUCAAAUUUGACGACAAAUGUCCUGUUAUAAUGUUGUACAGUAUGAAAGAUGACAGUCACCGCAUCCUGGUGUCAUAGCAACAGUCACUUAUAACUAGAAACAAGGAUGUUAUGGGAACAGCCAUAUGUUAAUGCAGGGAUGUCAUAGCAACAACAACGUCAUAGCACAGCCAUAUAGUCACAACAAGAGCAGCUGUCUUAUAACAGUGAUGACAUAGCUACAGCCAAGUAAUAAUUAUGUCAAUAGUUGCAUGGCGAAAGCCUGCAAGUUAUCACAGGAUAGCCUAGCAACAGUUCUCUAGUUGUCAUAGCAACAGGAAUUUAACUAAUACCACAUGACUAUCAUAGCAACAACAAUCUUGUGCCAUAUGUGUCCCCUGACAGGGCUUAAAGUUGGAAAAAGGAUGUAUUCAGAAAAAGUACUUAGGAAUCUCAGGUUAUAGAUAUACCCAGAGUAUAUGUACUUGACAUAUUAACUUCCCACUAGAGGGUUGUCAGGUAGUUAAAAUGUGCCAAACGGACAUACAAUCUCUUGGGGGUCGUUCUUAUUGUCAUAAGUUAGAUUAAACAUCUGGCUCUCUUGUUCUUUUCUUCCAUACUAGGACACAUUUUAUUGGAUUGCCAAAUUUGAGAAGUUAACAAUAUAUCUUAGUUGAAUUAUAGACCUACUGAGAGGAGAAGGUGUUUUAAAUGACAGUUUGAUGUUUGCAUAUGGGACCAAUGCAAAGUUGAUGUACUUCAAGGAAUCACCAUUCCAGAUGUCAAUUCUAACACAUUCAGUUCUUCUUGACUGUCUCAAAUGAAAUUCUAAUUGAAUUUCCAUUUUACCAUAUAGGUAUUGAUAUAAAAGAAUUUGAGUCUAUAAAAAAACUGAAGAGAACUGAAUUUAAGUUAUCAUUAUUUAUUUUAAAGGAUUCAUAGUAAUGUAUAUUCUGAAAAUAUGUUAAUCCUACAUAUCAUUGAAAAUGUUAUAUAUAUUUAUAUGUGCAAUACAGUAGAGUACAAUACAAACCUUAAACAAUUUGUUUAUUUUGAUUUGAUGGGUAAAGGAACACUGCAUGUCUUUU